AUGACAGAAAAGCAUGAUGUUAUUUUUAGUGUUUUAAAAGAACGAAUUACACAGCUUGAAGCAGAACUAGAAAAUUCCAAUGACCGUCUUUUGGCAACUUUAGAGGAAAAGGAUGAGCUUGUGAAGGAAAUGGAAGACUUACGUUCAGAAGCACAUGAAGUUAUUUGCCAAUGGGAAAAAGAGGCAAGUGAUCUCCGUAAUAAGUUGGAGUCUCAUAAGUCGAAUAUUUCAUACUAUGAUUCGUUGAUAAAAGAAAAGGAUGAUGCCAAAAAGGAAAUGGAGAAAAAGACUCAAGCAUUAGAAGAUUUAUCCUCUACCCAUUCUCUAUCUAUUGUGACACUUCAAGAACAGCUUAACGAGGCUAAACAAUCGGAAAAAUCUCUUCACAAUGAAUUAAUGAAAACCCGAAGUGAAUGGACUGAAUUGACUGAACGUGUGAAAGAGUAUAAAAAAUUGGCUGAAGAUAUGGAGAAUGAGAUAAAAAAUUUACGUGAUUCGAAGAUGACCCUUUCCCAAGAUCAACAAAAAUUGCAUACAUUAUUCUCAGAUGCAAUGAAGGAGAAUGGGUUUCUCAAAGUUAAUAAUAAUCAACUUACACUACAAGCUCAAAGCCUAAUGAAUCAUAAUGUUGAACAGAAAAAUAACAGUGAGCGAAUUUUCAAAGAAUAUGAGAUGACACAGCAACGCUACAUAGCGCUUCAAACUGAGCUCCGAAAUGCCAAAUCUUUAUUGGAUGAGCGCGAAAAUUGCCUCUUGAAGCUUAACUCAGAAAAUGCUGCGCUUGAGUUGUUAAAUGAGGACCUAACAAAUAGAGUAAAUGAGAUUCUCAUGAGGGCUGAAUCUUCAGAAGCUGUUUCACAGCAACAACUUGAAAUAAUAUCCGGAUACGAAAAGGAUAUGGAUGAGUUAAAAGAUGCUUGCAUUGCCCGCUGUAAUAUUAUUGAGGAAUUACGUAGUAAAACAGCGAGAUUGGAGGAAGAACUAACUAGUACAACGUCAUCUAGAAAAGAUUUAGAUACUCAACUUAUGACCAUAAAGGAUCGCUAUUCAAGCCUACUCAUGGACUCCAAUAAAGCUAAUCUCCGAAACGAAGGCACAAUCAGUGAAUUAAAGAGCGAAGUUGAUCUUGUUAAAAAAGAAUCAUCACAGCUAAUUAUCUUAACGGAAAACAAAUUUGAAGCUGCCCUCCGCUCUGUAGAAGAGCUAAUAGCUUCCCUUCAUACUUUCCAAGUGCGUGAGUUUUUUAUUUUAGAACAGGAGCAACGCUGCAGACUUGAACUUUCUUUUCAAGCUCAAUUCCAAUUGUUGAAGGACGAGUUUGCAAGGGUUAGCCUAUCUGAACUUCGUGAUCUGAAAAAAGAAAGCGAAAAAACAAGGUUUGAUUUAUUACAUGCUUGUACCGAGAAAAAACAGGCAGUUAAUACUAUUUAUACAUUAAAAGAGCAAUUAUCGGCAGCGGAUAAUUCUUUGUACGAGAAACAUAAAACUUGUACUAGCCUUGAACAAGAAUUAAGUAAUUCAAAUUCCGCAAUGAAAGUUUUACAGACAAAAAAUAAUGCGUUAGAAGAAGAUAAUUCUUGGCUCAAAAAUCAAGUUGAAGCCAUGCGCCGAGAGCUGGGGGAAUUGGACGAAUUGCUUAAUACAAGUCUGAACGAGAUGAGAGAAGACAAUGAAAGACUUCAAAUAGAAAAUCAACUUGUUCAGGAAUCCCUUAAAAAGCUAAGGGAAGAACGCGCUCGUGCUGAAGAGAAAACUUCACAUACAAGUAAAGAAUUGAAUGUUCUUAAAGAAGAACUUGCUGCACAGACACGAACCCUGAAUCUAACCGAAGGUCAGUUGAGAUGUUCAAAUACGCAACUUGAACGUGUGGGUGGUAUCUUAAACGAAACCAAAUCUCGUUUAGAAUUUCAAGAAAAAACGAGGAAUGAUUUACUAAGUUCGAACACAGUUUUAUUGUCCAAGGUAAAUUCUUUAAAUGAUCAACUUCUUGCUACCGAGGCAAGUAAAACUUCAGUUGUAAAUGAAAAACAAAACGAAAUUAUCAGGUUAAAGACCAAAACAAACGAACUUAUUCAACGUUGCCAGGAUUACGAAUCAAAUCUUGCAGAGGAGCGAAAGAAGCACCUCGAAACGAGCGAGUCCUUUAAUAUCUUAAAGGAAAGUGUUGGUAAAAUGAAGAAUAGAUUUGACGAGUUGAAAGAAAGAUGUGGGAGCGAUGCGGAUUCUAUUAAACAACUUUUAGGGGAGAGAGACGAUCUUCUUAAAGAAAAGGACACAAUCGUUGAAAAAUACAACAAAUUACACGAAGCCUUUGUAAAAGUUCGAAAAGAAUCGAUGCUCAAAACGUCUACGGAGCUCGAGAGACUCAUAGAGCUUGCAUCAACACAAGAAAAAGAACUUCACUUACUGCGUAACGAAAAUAUUAUACUUAAAAAAAGUGUCUCUAUGUUUAUGAAAGCAUCUUCUAAAUCGGAAACUAUACUUAUAGAGAAAUUAAAUUUGUCCGAAGGGCCUUUGCGGCAUCCAAAAAAAAUAUUUGUUUCAAAGGACUCAAAGUAA